GCAAGAAAUGUUCACUUAACCUGCUGGGUUUUAUCAUUAUAGUUGUAUUUGUAUGGUCAAAUAAACCAAGUGGAAUAAAGAACUACUGUUCCUGUUUUGGUGGAUGACGUGAACCUCAUGGAGCACCCAGCACAGCAGACCAAUGGGGUGGCCAGAUCUGAUAGCAAGAUCAGCGCCAAAGCUUUAUUCGAGCAACGCAAGAAAUACUCGAACUCCAACUUCAUCAUGCAUGAGACGUCUCAGUACCACGUCCAGCAUUUAUCCACAUUCAUAAUGGACAAGACAGAGUCCAUAGCCACAGUGGAUGAUGCAAUAAAGAAACUCAUCCUCUUGGAUUCUAAAGAUAAAAUCUGGACACAGGAGAUGCUGCUGCAAGUCAGCGACACAUCCAUCAAGCUUCUAGACUGUGACACAAUGGAAGAGUUGGAGAACUUCUCUCUCGCUACUGUACUUCACAGUCAAACAGUACUGAAUAAGACCAGGUACCCGUCUGUGCUGCUGAUGGUCUGCCAGGAUAGCGAGCAGCACCGACCAGACAUACACUUCUUCUGUUGUGAUGAAGUGGAGGCAGAGAUUGUGCAUGCAGACAUUGACAGUGCUUUGGGAGAUAAUAAAAAUGGCAAGAAGAUGAGACCUCAGACACUUAAGAUGAACCAGGAGAAAAUGAAACGGCACCGGGAAACGAUCCUUCCACCUUCAGAGCCAAAAGGUCCUGCUUAUGGAGUUAAGGGUCGUGUGGCAGCUAUGGAAAUAAAAAAUAUAGAGCAACGUAAUUCAGCAUCACAGGACGCAGAGUCCCAUGAAAAACUUGCCCAGGGUAUUGAGAAGGAAGUGCAAAUCUUAAACUGUGCUCUGGACGACAUCGAGAUCUUUGUGGCACGGGUACAAAAAGCCGCUGAAGCUUUUGCCCAGCUUAACCAGCGUAAUAAAAGCAGGAAAAAUAAGAAAAGAGGACCAGCAGAGGGAAUGUUGACUCUACGAGCUAAACCUCCAUCUGAGAAGGAGUUCACUGACUGCCUCCAGAAACUCAAGCUCUGUUUUAAUCUGUUGGCCAAACUGGAGAAACACAUUCAGAAUCCCACCGCAUCAGAACUCGUCCACUUCCUGUUUGGACCCCUUGAGUUGGUGUUGCAGCGCUGUGGUAGCCCUGACCUGCCUCGCUCAGUCACCUCUCCACACUUGUCUCGGGAGGCAGUGGACUUUCUGAGAGGACACCUGACUCCUAAAGAGAUGACCAUCUUUGAGCUACUGGGGGAAUUCUGGACCCGACCAAGAUCCGAUUGGCCAAGGGACCAGUGUGCUGCUCUGUAUAUCCCACAAUUCCGUAAUGGCUGGGAACCUCCAGCAGAACUCUUCCGCACAGCUCCGUGGGAGACAGAGUGUUUGGCCACAUCCCCCAUAACAUUAGAAAACAGGAAGGAAGAGUUCUUCGACUCCAAGUCCCCUCUGUCAUCAAAUGGAUCUGCGUCUUCCUCCAAACAUGUCAAAUAUGUCAAGAUCUGCUACCACUUCGUAGCUCGUAAUGCCAAUGAGCUCUCUGUUCUUCAGGAUGAGAUAUUAGAGGUAAUUGAAGAUGAUACGCAGUGGUGGAAGUUAAGGAACAGGAGUGGACAAGUUGGGUAUGUUCCCUUCAACCACCUAGAUGUAGUUACACCAAAGGAUCUUCGUAGUGUGGAUGCGAUGUACAGCCCGCUGUAUACAUCUCCAUCUAGUUCCUUGAUGAGAGGGAACAGUUUUGAAAAAUCACCAAGGGAUAAAGACUACCGCAGUCAGCAGAUGGAUGAAGUAAACGAUGAGCUCCUAAAAAAGAUAACCUCUCACAAGAAUCAGCCAGUACGCAACUUUAAAGUGGAGCGCCACUCCAGUGCCUCUAUCCCCCUCCGAUUUGAUUCUUCCUCUGCCGUGGUCACUGUCUGGCUUCAAUCUAAAGGUUUCUCUAAAGCGACUGUGGACUGCUUGGGUAUUUUAAGCGGUGCUCAGUUGUUUUCCCUGAAUAAGGAAGAGCUGAAGGCAGUGUGUGGAGAUGAAGGGGCACGCGUCUACAGCCAGAUUACUGUGCAGAAAGCCCAGCUAGAGAAAAGCCAGGGAGACUCAGAACUGCAGGAGAUCAUGAGGAAACAGCAGGAGAAAAUCGCCUCUGCCUCCACCUGAUCAUUAUUGCUUUAGGAACUGUCAUACAGACUGCCUUCAAGCUUCUUGUGUAAAUCUUUAAUAACAGUAAAUAACAAUAUUAAAAAAAGGUUUUGAGGAAGUGAUUAAUGUUGUUCUAUUAACUGUAUGACCACACACUACAAUCUUGUAUAUGCAUUAAAUUCAUGUAUUUAUUUUGUUUUUAGAAAAGGCUUUGCUCCUUAUAGAUUAAUUGCUUAUUAAUACAUAUCUAUGAUGAGACCAUACAUGAGCUUAACAUUCUGUAUAAAAUAUGUUUUAAAAAAAUGCCCGCACUCAAAUUGUCAAUACUGUUCAAAAUGAUUUUUUAGCAGUUUAAAUGUUCUGCUGUUGCAUCUCACAGACUUUUUUUUAUCAGAUAUUACCGUCAUUGUCAUGUGAAUCUUUAAUCUUCAAAAAUUAUUAAAUGUAAAUAAUUCCAUAUUCAAUGCAAUGUUCAAGUGCUAAUUUUUGUCAUGAAAGAUGGAUUCAAAAACAAAAUAAAUUCAGCUGUCACUUGA